AUGAACUCCAGUCGCUGUGGUGAUGACAGCAGUUACCCAGUCACCCUCUCAGGCGGAGCCACGGUGCACUCUGAACAGCUUAAAACCCUAAGGCCUGAGUCUGGUGUGGGCAACAGCCCUGGCAUGGCCCUCUGGCUCCUCGGCCUGUGCCAGCUCCAUGGCCGGUCCUGUGGAGGCAUCUCCAGGAGUGGAGGGACUGGGGUCACCGAGGCUGAUCAAGGCUUUAAAGCCGAGGUUCUUGCAAAGGAGUUCUGGUUUGAUUCAUUCCUCCGGCCCACAGGCUGUGGGUUGGGUCCCCAUCGGAGAAAGAGGACCACCUUCAGCGUUGGGCAGUUGCUGGAGCUGGAACGGGUAUUUGCAGCUAGGCCCUAUCCUGACAUCAGUACUCGUGAGCACCUAGCCCAGGUAACUCACCUGCCUGAAGCCAAGAUCCAGGUGAGCUGCAAUAGCGAACUUCUGGGCUUCACACAGCGCCUCUUCUCUCUGGGAUUCCUGCCUUCAUAUUCGGAUUUCCGUCCCAGGACAGUGUGCUGGUGCCAAGAUAUAUCCUUUCAUCUUCCCUAUCAGGUGUGGUUCCAGAACCGCCGAGCCAAGAGACUCAAGAGCAGAAAGCCAGGAGCCCUAAACCCUAGCCUGGAGCUUCCUCCCAACUCCUGUUGUCUUCCAGACACCCCCCAGCAGCCCUGGGACCCUGGAACACCAGGCCAGCUUCUACACCCCACCAGCUCUGCUCAGCAUGCUUCAGCAUGCCCACAGACCUCCUGUGUAGCUCCCAGCUUGGGUCCAGGGCAGAGCUGGGCAGGGGCUAAAGCUGCAGCCUCCUGGGGGCCAAGUGGGGCUUCAGGGGUUCACCCUUCUUUAGAGCAAAUUGUUCCUCAGACUUCACUGGACAGCCUGUCUGACCUUAUCUAUACCUCAGCCAUUGUCACCAAUGUAGAUCACUCCUAAUUUGGGUGUAGAGCUUUUAAGUUUGGCUCUGGCUCUUGUAGCCCAUUCCAUCUCUCCUGGGAUGGAGCACAUAAGAGAACCCUUGCCUCUUUUUACACAGGAGUGUUCUCUAACAGAGUUUAGCUCAGAGACCCACCCCUCCACUCCCAACCUCCAGCAACCUAGUUGAAGGUCCUGUGCAGGGAUUAGAGAGUCUAGCUCCUACCACCCAGCGCCCUGGUCAUUUCUGGGGCAUAUGCCCAUUGUCUCAUCAGGAGGUACUGUCAAGGUAAGGGACCAUGUUGUCAACCUCUAUUGCCGGGCUUGGGUCCCCAACUCCUACUAUCUUAGCUGAUGAUCUCUUUCCUCUGAGGGGCGGCCACCAGUCUGAGGACCCUGCCAGGACCUUACCUAUGUGCCAGGGGAAGGGUACCGCUCCUAAGCUGGACUGCUGGGACACCCACCCUUUCAUGGUUCAGGGCCCCAUUGCCUGACUUCCUGCCACCUGGACAAAUUAAUCAGAACUUUGGAUUUGAAGAGAAAGUGAUAUUAACGUUACAGAAAUAGAAGCCCGGGUCUUAGGUUGAUUGAAUUUCCCCAAAGAUCAGAUUGGCUGUCCUCUGAUGUGGGCUGUGGGAACAACCUGACAGAUCUGGGGAGGGGGUAUGGUAGCCUUGGGUUUUCCUAUCACUGGCAUCUGUAAUACCAACUAAUCUCCAAAUAAAACAAA